UUGCCGGCUUGCUACUUGCCAGUUACUACAGAUAUUAACUAAAUUGCUUAUUGUUGUGGCCGUAAUUAAGAACGAGUGUGCUCAUAACCUAGGACACAUUGAUUGUUGCACAUAAAAGCAAAGCAAGCAUGCAUGUAAAUUCAAGUCGUACGCUAAAAUUAAAAAUUAAACAAAAUGGCAGUUGGUGGAGCACGCAGCAAUGUUCUUUGGGUGUGAGCGCCGGAUACUCGCUCAGAGAGAGCAAGAGAGCAUUAGAGAGAGAGAGAGGCGAAUAAGAUUGAAGUAGCGAGUCUUGAGUUAACGUGGAAAGUGUUUCAUGUUAUUGCUGGCACGGCUGCAAAAAUGACCGAUGAGCGCAACGGCAACGGCAAUAAGAGCAACAGCAACGUUAACAGCAGCAGCAGCAACAGUUCCACUAGCACCAUUGCCAAUUCCAGUCACAGCAGCAGCAACAACAUCAAUAAUAAUAAUAACAACAGCAGUCACAACAACGAGCGUCUCAUUGCAGAAGCUGCUGCUAAAUUUUUAUUAAAAAAUGGCAUAAAUGGCACAACAACAACAGCUGUAGCAGCAGCAGCAGCAGCAGCAGCGGCCGCUGCCAGUUUAUUAACAGCAACAUUUCAACUGCCGGCAGCAGCCAAUACAUCAACAGCCAAUACAACAACAACAACAUUGCCUUUAGCAUUGACAACGACAUCCAAUGGCAGCACGCCCAGCCAAACAGCAACUAAAGUUAAUAGCAGCAGCAGCAGCAGUAGCUCCCAAAGUAUUGCAAUGGCGACGGCAGCCAUUGGAGCAGCAGCAGCAGCAGCGCCAAAGCCUAAUCUGGAUGUCAUGGCCAGCGUGCUGGACUAUAGUGCUUUAAAUGGGCCAAGUGUUGCCAAGAGCAGCAAAUUUCCCAGUAGUGGCAAUGGAAUUGGCGGCAGCGGCAGCUUUGAUAUGGGCAGGCAUCCAAUAUCAACGCAAAGCAACAAUAACUUGGGCGGCUUGGGCGGUCGAUUGCAGUUUUUUAAAGAUGGUAAAUUCAUAUUGGAAUUGGCACGCGCCAAGGAUGGUGAUAAGGGCGGUUGGGUCUCUGUGCCGCGUAAAGCGUUUCGCGCGCCCUCGGCGGCCACCUCAGCCACAGUAACACCUACGUCGGCCGUGACCACAACGUAUCCAAAGAACGAAAACUCCACAUCAUUGAGCUUUUCGGAUGACAACAGUUCCAUACAAUCAUCGCCUUGGCAACGUGAUCAGCCCUGGAAACAGACGCGACCACGACGUAACAUUUCUAAAGAGCUUUCACUUUACUAUCAGCGUCCCAGGCACAGUGUGCUCAACCAAAGUGCAAGACAAGCGGCGCUACGCAAGCGACGUCGCCCCUAUGAGCCCAAUAGCCUUGCUAGCGAAGAGCAGCAACAGCAGACAAUUUUUGAGCGCAUACCGUUGAAGGAGAAUGCGGAUGAGACACUUAAAGCGACAGAAAUUGAUGCCAAAGCAAUGGAGGAAGAUAAACAACAGUCUGAGAAGGAGCAGGAGCCAGUGUCGGAGUCGGAGCCAGAGCUUAAAACGGAAGCAAGCAAAGAGCUAACGGCAACGGCUGAUGACAAUAAGUUGGACAGCGCAGAGUCUAAUAAUAAAACUGCUGCUGCUGCAUCAGAGGCGGAGGCGGAUGCAACGACUGUAGAGAAAAUGAACACAAGCGAGGAUGAAGAUGCCAUGUCGGUGACAGUGGAUGAGCAAGCAACGACAGCGACAGCAACAGCAGCCAGCAGCAACUUGCUAAACGGCAAUGUGACUGAAGUAAACGGCGACAGAAAGUGUGAGACGACGGCUGACAGCGAGCUGAAAGAAAAGACAACAAUGACAGACAUAAGACUUAAAAAGCAGAAAACCCGAGCCAAGCUCAAUAGCAUCAUACAGAAAUUGAUUGAUGGCGUGCCAGCGCGACUGGAGCAAUUGUCCAAGACAGCAGCAGCAGCAACGCUGGCAACAGCAAUUGGCAAUGGCAAUGUUGGCGUUGCCAGCGGCAGUCUAAGUCACAACUUGGCACACAAGGUGUCGCCGCCAGCGUCUACUGCAGCAGCCAGCCGCCUGGUUGACUAUCAUCAUCAGCAUGUUUCGCCGCGCAAGCGCAUUUUGCGUGAAUUCGAAAAAGUGUCUCUGGAGGAUAACAGCAGCAGCAGCCAAGCAGCAGGUGGAGCUGCAAAUGCCGCUGUGGGCGGUAAGCGCAGUCGCGCUAAGAGCGGCAGCACGCCAACAACAAGCAGCAAUAGCUGCUUGGGCAGCAGAACAGCGCCCAUUAAUCUGGCGCCGCCACAAGCCAAAGCAAUUGCAACAGGAACGCUUACGCCAACAUCAACAGCAACAACAACAGCAGCAGCGGCAACGCAGCAACCAACACGACUGAACAGCAGCUAUAGUAUACACUCACUGCUUGGUGGCAACAGCAGCUCAAGCUGUGGCAACUCUUCUACUAAGAAAAUGAAUGAGCAACCCGCAACAGCAGCCAUCAUCAGCAAUGUGCAUCACUCGCAGCAGCAUCAAGCAUUGUAUGCACAUGCAGCAAACUAUACGCGCGCUCUGUUGAGCUCACCCAAGUCGCCGGAGAGCAGCAACAGCAAUGGUGGCAAGUCGCCCUCACAUUCAGCUAGCAAAAAGCAACGUUCACCGCCCUAUGCUAGCACGGGCUCGCCCUUGCCACUGGACUUUGCCAGACGCACGCCACCAGCAGCAGCAGCAGCUGAUAGCUACAAGCUUGCUCAAGCGCAGGCGCUCCAGUUGCAACAUCAUUCCUUUUACGCGCCGUACUCGCCACACAUUCCACAACGUGACUUGUUAUCACCGCCACGCUCAGCCAGCGCCUCGCCGCGCGAACCAAGCGCCUUAACGCCACAUCGCACGGUGCCCAAGAAGACUGCCUCCAUACGACGUGAGUUCGCCUCACCCACCACCAGCAACAGCAGCAGCAGCAAUACAACCAACACGAACUGCUCCUCACCAGUCGGCGGUGAACGCAGCAGCACUGCAUCGCCGGAGCGACGACACUUGCAACUGCAGCGUAGUUCACCCAAUGCGGCUGCAGCUGCGGCAGCUGCAGUUGCUGCCGCUGCAGCAGCAAAUGCACCUUUGGCCUAUUACAUGUAUCCAACGGUGGCGGCGCAGUUGAACGGCAGCAGUGGCAGCAAUGCGGCAAGUCCACAUGCUUGUGCUACGGCCGUUGCCACGCCCACAACAAGCAGUGCGGCUGCUGUCGCGGCAGCAGCUGCUGCUGCAUACAUUCCAACGGUAGUUACACCCACUGUUUAUCAUCCAUACAUAUCGCCAUUGAGCGCCAUGCACUGGUUGCAUCAUUAUCCAACGGGUGCAGCGUCAUUGUUGCCACCGCCACCACCACCAAGACAUCCAACGCAUCCACAUGCUCAUACGCAAUCAAGCGCCGCCGCCGCCGCAGCAGCAGCAGCGGCUGCAGCAAGACUUUCACCCCAAUCACCAUAUCAUCCAUUUGGUUACAAUGGCAUGAGUGCCGCAGCUGUGGCUGCCGCAGCAGCGGCUGCUUCUGCAUUUGGACAACCCGCAGCGACGGCGGCACAAACGCAUUUGGCGCAAUCGCAUGCGCUGCUGCCGCCACCCACACACUUGGCCGAGCAUCGAGCGCAUACGCCAAAACUGACUGAUUCUUGUACUGACCAAAUGUAUGCAGCGUCCAGUCAACGCAGCACCAACAACAACACCACCACCACCACCGUCUCCAAUUCCCCGGUCAGCUCCAACGCUGGCAAUGUUGGCAACUCAGUACAAUCCGCAAUGUUUCAAAAUAGUAGUCUAAGGAAUGAACCAAGUUCAGACUUACCACUGAAUCUAUCAAAGCACUGAGACAAAUUGCGUUCCACAUCCCUUAAGUUGGAUAAAUCUUCGAUUUUAGUUACAUGCUUGCACUAAUAGCGCUUAAGAGGACAUUCAUAAACUACAUAAAUUAUAACAUAAGUUAGCUGUUAUUUUAAUUGUAAACGCAUUGUUUUGGAAAUUAAGCUAAUUUAGGUUUGCUAAUUUUGUAAGGCCCAUAAAUCGGACUAACUAAUUAUCUAGCAUGCUGCUUAAAGUGUUUAUAAAGCAGUUGCCAAAACUGUUCGGUUCGCUUAAUCGUGUUACUGUUUUUUUUCGGCCUGCAAAUUUGUAUUUUACAUUUUCACAUACACACACACACACACACACACACAUAGAAUUGCACGUCCUAAAGAAUCUCAACGAAAAUAUUUUAUAUAUUGAGUCAACUUUAAAUACGCGCCUAGUACUUAUUGUUAUUUUAAUAACAAUAAAUAUUCAUUUGUGUAUUGCACACAAGUUGGCUUUAGGAAUUUUUUAAAAUUCAAUUUCCUGAAAACAGACUGAACUUACACACAACUCUUUCUUUUUUUUUUAAAGAAAAACGAAAAUAUAUACAAAGUAAAUUUGAUUUUUUAUAGAAUGCGCGUGCCUUUCAACAUGAAUAUAAAAACCUAGGAAUUUAAACAAUAUAAAAAGGAGAGAUAUAACUACUUACAAGACAAAUACUAGUUACAAAUUGAUACAUUCGCAGUUACUACACAUAGAGGUCCAAAUGCAGUUGCAUAAGCUGCUAAAAAUUUAAUUGAACGACUAAUUUUUGUAUUGAGUAGUUAGCCAUACAUAAAAGUUUAUAUAUUUUAAAUGAUCAUAUCUAACGAAGAUUAUUUGAAAUGCAUGUGAAAAUGACAAAGGUUGAACACUUAACACGUCUUCAACUUUUUUCAUUAAAUACAAAGUAGUUAUUUGUAUGUAUGGAUACUAUGUCCAUUUAAUUGUUGUCUUCAAGCUAAAUCUAAUUUUUUUGACUUAACUUGCACUCACCAAUUGAUAUAUUGUUAUAACGCCCAGUAUGGUUUUACUUAAUACAAAAGUCAGUCACUUCAUCAAACUAUGAUUGCAAAGAGAAAUGUACAAAAAACAUAUACAGAAAGAAAAUAUUUACAACAAAGAUGAAAACCUAUAUAUUUCGUACAACUGUUAACUGCAACUAAUACAAAUAAUGAAUAAUAAAUGCAUACAGAGUAUAUUCCUAAAAGUAAAAAACAA